AUGGCGACCACGUCAACCUCGAUGCCGCCGGCGUCGCUGCCCAUCCGGACCUCAUCACAGCCGCAUACCCCUUCACACUCGGCCACUGCUGCCGCCUACGACACACGCGGCUACACCUCACGGUCUUCCCGCUCCCAAGGCCAGGCCGGCUACGGCAGCGAAAGCGACAACGAACGCCAGCGCAGCCAGCGCUCACCCAGAGAGCAAACGUCUAGCUCCAGAAGCGAGCGUCACCGCACCGCACCAAGCCAGAGCCGCUCUGCAACCGCUGUAGGACAGCCGCCAAUGGGUACGGACCUCCCACGCGAGAACAGCGCUAUCAUCAACCGCAUAGUAGUGGACGAGCCCGAGGCAGAUCUCGCGCGGGAAAAGGCACGCAUGGCGGAAGCCACGCCGAACGCUGGCCCUUCAGACGUGAUCGCCAUGGCAAGCGGCGAAGCAGCAGACGUCCCACCUGUUGCAAGAAGCCGUCAUGAGCACCUCAAACAUCAGGCAGGCAGCCGCAGAGAGAGCAAGUUCGGCGACUACAUCCUCGGCAACACCAUCGGGUCUGGUGAAUUCGGCAAGGUCAAGAUGGGGUGGAAGAAGGAUUCGCCCGUUCAGGUCGCCGUGAAGCUGAUACGGAAAGACAUGGUUGGUAACACCAACCGUCAGGCCAAGAUUGAACGCGAGAUCGAUAUUCUGAAGAACUUGAGACAUCCGAACAUCGUGCGUCUGCACGAAUUCGUUGAGACUGAAAGAUACAUGGGCAUCAUCCUGGAAUACGCAUCAGGAGGAGAGCUCUUCGACUACAUCCUCACACACCGAUACCUCAAAGACCCGGCAGCCAGAAGGCUCUUCGCCCAACUCAUUAGUGGUGUUGGGUACCUGCACGCCAAUGGCAUUGUUCACCGCGAUCUCAAGCUUGAGAAUCUCUUGCUCGACCGGAACAAGCAUAUCAUCAUCACCGACUUCGGCUUCGCAAAUACCUUCGAUUCGAACGAUGAGCUUCCAGAUAGCAUUGUGGCGCGCAUCAUGGACAAGGAUUACGUGAAGCGGGAAGGUCUGGACAAGCUGAGGCCCCGCAAAGACGGCAAGUCAGGCGGUUGGAGGCGCGGCGACUUGAUGCAGACAUCGUGCGGUAGUCCAUGCUACGCCGCACCAGAGCUCGUCGUCCACGAUGGUCUCUAUACCGGACGCCUUGUUGACGUCUGGAGCUGCGGCGUCAUUCUAUACGCCAUGCUGGCAGGCUACCUGCCGUUCGAUGACGAUCCCGCCAACCCAGAUGGAGACAACAUCAAUCUCCUCUACAAAUACAUCUGCUCCACUCCACUCACAUUUCCAGAAUUUGUAUCGCCGCACGCACGAGAUCUCCUCCGCCGCAUCCUCGUUCCCGAGCCGAGACACCGAGCAGACUUGUUUGAGGUUGCCAGGCACAGUUGGCUGAGUGAGUACUCACACGUGGUUGGUUUCAUUGGAAGUCGCGUCACGAGUGAUCGGGACAUGUCGCAGACUGCGGUUCAGAACGAGGAGGAUUCACAACUUGGUCGCAGUGCAUCUGUCAGAGAGCCGAGUACUAGGAGCCCUGUGGCCGAGGUGCCUUCCAAGGCUACUACCUUCAUACCUAGACAUGGCCCAUGUGCCAGCGUCGGCGGCGACGAGGCCAGCGACUUCAGGAAGCAGCAGCAGCAGCGAGACGCCAAGAGACGGACAGUGCAGAUCGAAUACCCAUAUGACGCACAACCUGCCGCAGCAGCUGCUCGCAACGCCAAUGUAUCUACGCAGGCUAAGCCUGUGCCAGCAUCAUCAGGCUCUUCAUCUGGCAAGACAAGAGCAUCGCCACAAGCACAAGGACCUGUUGAGGUUUCCACAAAGAAGGAUGAAGCCUCAAUGGCACCGCCUUCAUGGGGUGCAGGUCAAAGACCAAUGUCGGAAUCGACAACGCCUGCGGACAGAGCUCCGUCAAGACCAAAUACAAGCGGCACAUUAAUUGGCGGCACCUCUCGUCUGCCUUCUCGCGGAAACUCCUACAGCCAGCCAGCUGCGGCUCAGCCGACUAACACAACAGCCCAGGGUUCUUUCUCGCAGCCCAAGUCCAACUCCGGCUACAUCAUUGCUGGGUCAAUGUCUGGUGAACAGGGCGGCGUAGACUCGAGUGGCAGACCAGUCAGCGAGCAGAAUCGCACUGGUGGUCAAUACGCUGGUGCUCCACAACAGCCAUACCAACAAGGAAGGACAUCAGCAAGUGGCCACCGAAGGAGUAGCACACUCGGCAGCCUCGCCGACAAGGUCCUGAACAAGAGCGGCUCAAGACGUUCAUCACAACAGGAGAACGCGUCCUCUGCCAGCGAGAAGAGAGACCGCAGGUACCCACCAGUCAGCAUGAAGAAUACGAUGCCGCAGACGCCGCAGGACGAGUCUGGCCCCAGACCAUCCUCCGACAGCCGCCGUCCCAGCUUCGGUUUCUCACGGAAAGCCUCCAAGGAACGCGAUUCCAGUGUUCAAGGACGCAGAGCGUCUGGACGUCGCUUCUCGUGGCUGCCGGGCAGCCUGAGCAUGGCCAGCUUUACCGGCAAGAAAGAUCAGGGUUAUGAGUCGGGCGACGAUGGCUACCGCCCGCCACCGAAGUCUCAGCAGUCUCAGCAGUCACGCAUGAGCAGACCACCCAGCAAAGGCAUGGCUUUUGGCCGCGGCACUUCCGACGCCCCCAGUGAGGAAACUACGAACAGCACGAUCCCGCUUCACGAUGAUGAAGAGCGAGAGAUGGCACGCGAGCAGCGACGCCAACAAUCCCGAUACGACAAAUCUCUGCCACCUUCACCUGGCGCCGAGCAGAGCUAUGGCACACAGCGAGCUGGACAGCCGCAGUACCCGACUUCCUCACCCGUGCAGCGUAAGCCACUGCGCGACGAUGGCUAUGGAUCUGGCACGUUGGGCCAGCAAGAUCAACAAGAACCAGUGGAGAGGUUCUACACCCCCAACCAAGAGUCUGCAAUGCGAGGCUCUUCUUCACAAUCACGGACCGGACAGUACGGUCUAAGCGGUCAAGGCGAGUGGGAGCAGUUCGAGCCAAGCCAACGCCAACAAGGUCUCAGGCCACAGCAAAGGAGGCUGGGCUAUGACAAUCAUGGCCACGGCGGCAGCUCCAAUGCGGCAAAGAGAGUCAUGAAUUAUUUCCGCAGCAAACGAGGCAAGGAUCUCGAGGCAUAG